AAGGAGUGCAUGUGGACUACACACACACAUGAGUAAAGACACGGACAGACGAGCUGCUUGUGGACUGUACUGAAGAGUCUUGCACUGAACCAGACGGAGUUAUGUACUGUGCUCACCCUGUCUCUGGAGCAGGCAACAACUCAUUGAUGUAUUGCUACAACAUGAAACCAGUUUAUGGGCAGUCUCCCACUAAUGACGACAUCAACCAGAACCCAUCUUCACAUCCGUCCACCAAGGCCCACAACAAUGUGUUCGCAAGCACCUUCUUCGAGGGGACGAGCAAUGCGCCUGACAUCUGGAAUGCUGUAAACGGACUGAACCAGCAGGGCUAUGAAGGUGCACUGGGAGCAGCUACAACCCACCAAACACAGCCGGGGAGCUACAGCGGCCUGCAGCCGCCACCACACUCUCACCUGGACUACUCUCCACAUUCAGUGAUGGCUGCUGACAUGAACAGGGGACUCCCACCAAUGUCCACUUUUCACCGCAACAACACAGCAUCACGCACUUCGUCCAUCAACACCUCAGAGAAUUCAACAGUCUCAGGGAGUAAAGGACAUGUGUCAGGAGGGUCACAGACAGGCGACACCUUGGGCAAAGCUCUGGCCUCUAUUUAUUCCCCCGAUCACACCAGCAGCAGCUUCCCCUCCAGCUCGUCCACACCGGUGAGGUCUCCGUCCCCGCUGCCGAGCGCAGCUGAACCUGCAGGUACCAACAUGUGGCCCCGGAGUUCAGUUCAGGCACCAGUUUCACCACACUAUGAGUCUUCACUUAUAUCACUGUCUCAGGUGGAGGACCGACUGGACAGAUUGGACGAUGUGAUCCACGUCCUGAGGAAUCACGCUGUGGGCCCCACGGCCGGCCUGCCCACUGACAUCCACUGCCUGCUGAACCAGAACCUCCACGGCCACCUGGGAUCUGCCAGCACUCUGCCGCUCACCUGUCACACUCCAGCCAUGGUUGAAGCUGUGAACAUGAACAACAACCACUUCCAGAGCCGCACACAGAACAGCCACCCAUACCCAGCCAGACAGAGGGCCACGCUCCAGCCCAUGCAAAGUGGAGGGGGUCUGGGAGUUCAGAGUAAUCUGGAGCUGAAGGUGGAAAGCGGGGAAAGAGAGGAGAUGAUGCACACCAAUCACAGUCACAGCUCUGACAGCCAGAGAUCAGACGAGGAGAGCGAACACAAAACGCAUGGAGAAAACAGCACAGGGAACAGUAUCCACGAGGAUGGGGAUGAGGAUCUGAGCCCGGAGCAGAAGGCCGAACGUGAGCGCGACAGGAGGAUGGCCAACAAUGCCCGUGAACGUCUGCGUGUGCGGGACAUCAACGAGGCCUUCAAGGAGUUGGGUCACAUGUGUCAGCUGCACCUGAAGAGCGAGAAGCCGCAGACCAAGCUGCUGGUGCUGCACCAGGCCGUGGCCGUGAUCCUCAGCCUGGAACAACAAGUCAGAGAGAGGAACCUGAACCCGAAGGCAGCGUGUCUGCGGAGGAGAGAGGAAGAGAAGGCGUCUGCAGUCAUGACGGAUCCACAGUCCAUGCAUCUCGCUUUCCAUCCCAGUCUGACAGACCCAGGAAACCCCAUGGGCCACCUCUGAGCAUCUGAUCAUACCUGCAUCAAAUCCAGCAUCAAAUGUUGAGUGAAGAGCAUCCCAGGAAGCAUCCAGCUGUUUUGGGCGUCCAGCGUUCCUCCUACAUUCGGACUAGAGCGGAGAGAGUCGACCUCUUGGUUGAAUAAUCAUCUCCUCGCGUCCCAAAACGGACUUCUAACUUUGUGCCUAAACUUUACUUGUAAGAGACAAAUGCAUUGUAAACUGCAGAUGUUUUGUACAUAUUUUGUAUAUUUAUUGAUUAUCUGUCUGUUGAGUAUAUCUGAAAAGAUGAAACCAGGUAGUGACGAAGAGUCAUCUGCAGUUUUGGAUUUUUCGGCAGAGCAAGUUAUGUUUCUGACUUUUCCAGUGUAUCAUUAUUUACCACGUAUACGACUUCCACUGAGCUCAGAGGACCGACAUUCCCACGUGUGUGUGUUUAGACAACAGAUUUCAUUUGUCUUGUAGAGUGUGUGAGUGUGUGAGCUGUUGUGUGCGAGAGUGUUGCAGGAGUUUAACCAUUCUGUGAAUGAGCAGAUCUCCGAGAAUGUUCUGUAGCACGUGGACAUCAUCUGUUAUUUGUAUAUUUGUGUUAUAGCACUGUUACGAGGAUUACACUUACUGAUACACUGCUGGACUGAAUCCCUCCUCUUCUCAGUGUGAUUAUCGCUCUUCAGACGUAGUCGAAGCUCUUUGCAUGUUUGAGUUUUUAAUAGAACAUUUGAUUUUUUUUCUAAGUUAUGUAACUUAUCUUUUAUACAAAUAUUGUGAAUUCCAUAAUGUCUCUAUUUACUUUUACACAAGAAAACCCAAUUUUUGUGCAGUUUUACUAGACGUAGCCACAUUUCAUGCUCUGAGCAAUACAGUAUUACAGAUGAAUUGAUGUCUUGUUUGCUUCUCACACAGCUGAACAAAUAAUAAAUAAUAAUCUGAAAUAAUCUGAAAUACUCCUAUCAUAACAUGUACAGUAUGUGUACAGUUUGAAGUAGCCUACAGGCAUGUGUCGAAAUGAUAA